GCGACGGAAGCGGCGAACGCGCUUGGUCACGGACUGCUAUUGUGAGGGGCGCCGCGCUGCCAGCGACAAGCCAACCGCCGCUGCACCGAGCCGGCCACGCCACGCCGGCACCAUGAUCACUUCCGCCGCUGGAAUUAUCUCACUUCUGGAUGAGGAAGAGCCAGAACUCAAGGAAUUUGCUCUUCACAAAUUGAAUGCUGUUGUCAAUGACUUCUGGGCCGAGAUUUCUGAGUCCGUAGACAAAAUUGAAAUCCUGUAUGAAGAUGUCGGCUUCCGGAGUCGCGAGUUCGCCGCCUUGGUGGCUUCAAAAGUGUUUUAUCACCUGGGGGCCUUUGAAGAAUCGCUCAACUACGCCCUGGGAGCCGGCAACCUCUUCAACGUCAACGACAACUCUGAGUACGUGGAGACCAUCAUCGCAAAGUGCAUCGACCACUACACCAAACAAUGUGUGGAAAACUCAGAGCUGGCCGAGGGGGCAAAAAAGGCCGUCGAUCCGAGGCUGGAGGGGAUUGUGAACAAGAUGUUCCAGCGCUGCCUAGACGACCACAAGUACAAGCAAGCCAUUGGGAUUGCUCUGGAGACACGCAGGCUGGACAUCUUUGAGAAAACCAUUUUAGAAUCGAAUGAUGUUCCCGGGAUGCUGGCCUACAGCUUAAAACUCUGCAUGUCCUUGAUGCAGAAUAAGCAAUUCCGCAACCAAGUCCUGAGAGUCCUGGUUAAAAUCUACAUGAACCUGGAGAAGCCCGACUUCAUCAACGUGUGCCAGUGCCUCAUCUUCUUAGACGAUCCGCAGGCCGUGAGCGACAUCUUGGAGAAACUGGUGAAGGAGGACAACCUCCUCAUGGCCUACCAGAUCUGUUUCGAUCUGUACGAAAGCGCCAGCCAGCAGUUCCUCUCUUCCGUGAUCCAGAACCUCCGGACUGUCGGCACCCCUAUCGCCUCUGUGCCCGGGUCGACGAAUACAGGGACGGUCCCCGGAGUGGAGAAAGAAGGCGACACCAUGGAGACGGAGGAGAAGGCAGGGAGCCCCGUGGCUGCAGCGAAGUCUGCCCAAAGCGGCAACCCCGAGUCAAAAGACCAGAUCCCCAAAAUGAUCAAAAUUUUAAGCGGUGAAAUGGCCAUUGAGUUACACCUGCAGUUUUUAAUACGAAACAACAACACAGACCUCAUGAUCCUAAAGAACACAAAGGAUGCCGUGCGGAAUUCCGUCUGUCACACGGCAACAGUUAUAGCAAACUCCUUUAUGCACUGUGGAACAACCAGCGACCAGUUCCUUAGAGAUAACUUGGAGUGGCUGGCCAGGGCCACCAACUGGGCCAAGUUUACCGCCACGGCCAGCCUGGGCGUCAUCCAUAAGGGCCACGAGAAGGAGGCUCUCCAAUUAAUGGCGACGUACCUACCCAAAGACACGUCUCCCGGCUCGGCCUAUCAGGAAGGGGGCGGACUUUACGCCCUGGGACUCAUCCACGCCAACCACGGCGGCGACAUCAUCGACUACCUGCUGAAGAACGCCAGCAACGAUGUACGUGCUCUCCUCGGAUUCCUGGAAGGUGAAGCGGCCGGCCUGGCUCUCGGUCUGGUAAUGCUGGGAUCGAAAAAUGCCCAGGCCAUCGAGGACAUGGUGGGCUACGCCCAAGAAACCCAGCACGAGAAGAUCCUGCGGGGCCUGGCGGUCGGCAUCGCCCUGGUGAUGUACGGGCGGAUGGAGGAGGCGGACGCCCUCAUCGAGAGCCUCUGCAGGGACAAGGAUCCGAUCCUCCGUCGUUCGGGGAUGUAUACGGUUGCGAUGGCGUACUGUGGCUCAGGGAACAACAAAGCCAUCCGGCGCCUCUUGCACGUGGCCGUUAGCGACGUCAACGAUGAUGUGAGGAGGGCAGCCGUGGAGUCGCUGGGUUUCAUUUUGUUCAGGUACAGUUUUUUUGUCUCCACCUCUUCCGCAUUAUCUGAUGACGUACGCGAAGUUCUGCGAACUCACUUGUGCUCUGUCGUAACCGAACAAUAA